AUGUCCAGGGAAAGUCAGAGAGGGUCCUUUCUGGGAGCUAUCUCUUCCUGGAAUGCAUCAAGAAACACCAAGACUUCCCCCAACACCGAUGGACCAGACGUUCUUCCUAGAUCUCAAGGCGAAGAUCAUACAAUCACACACAGGCAUAGACUUAGCUUGCGCCACUACCCUCCGGAUUGUCCCCCGCUGAGGGUGAGGUGGUUUUACGCUGUUGACUCACCAAAACGGAAACCACUACUCUCAGAACACCAGAAGGAAGAACCGAAACCCUUACCUGCGCCAAAGAAGUUUGUCCCGUUUUCGUCGAAAGAUUCCCAGGCCAUUGAGUCCACUUUCCAAAAGCUAUCGGACGUUGAGAUUGCUCAAGAACAAACACGAAAGAGUGAAUUGCUUCGCGAAACAAGGAAAGGGUUAUUUACGGUGCCUGUCAAUGAGGACAACCUAUUUGACGUGGACAUCGAACGAAGGGAGCUCACACCGGCGUACUGGAUAGGUCCCACCUAUGAAGUGCGCCGGGGUACGUGGUUCUUCCAAGAGGGGUCUACUUUCAGGCCGUGCGAAGAAAACCUGGCCACCCAGCUUGAGGAAGGGUAUCUCAAACUUAAGCCAUGGCGCCUGGAAAAUGACCAAAGCAGACUCCCACAGACCGUUACAAACCCAACCCCCCAGAAUGCAGAUAGAUCAGAUGUGAACAAGUCUGGGUUGCAAUGCACACCCGAACCAGAGCUAUGUGCAUCGCAGCCACUUACUGGUCAGGCUGGACAUGCAACUUCUGUCCGAGUAAACGAGCCUCGGCACUAUCGUCUUUUUGGUGCUUACAUGAACUGCAUAGUGACAUAUCAGGAUUAUUCUACAGCUUUGUUGGCGAAUGACGAUUUCAUGUCACGAAUGAGCAGUACCGUAUACCAGAAAUUGGGCGGUAUACCAGGUACAAAAGUGGUGCGUGGUUUUAUCGAAACUAAAAGACAGAAGGAAACAUCGGCUGUGAAGAGUCGUGAUCAUAGCGUUGGUACAAAAUCUCCCUCCGAUACCCCUAGUGCAGCCUCGACAGACCACGAGGUCAAGUCUGAGUCAGAAAUUUCUUCAGACACACGCCCUAAUGAGGAUGUGAGGAAGAAAGUGACUGAUCAGGAUGAUCCGAGGUCAACUCUGGAACGGCAGAUGUCGUCCCUUGCUGGUGAACCUCAAAAUACAGCUGAGCUUGAGGAGCAAGCGCGGAAGCAGGAAGAGAAGGAAAUGGAAGACUCCAGGGAAGCAGAUGAAGAGGACAGAGAGCGGCAGAUUGACCAUUUGGUCCUUGUCACACAUGGAAUAGGCCAGCGACUUGGGUUGCGGCUAGAAAGCAUCAACUUUAUUCAUGAUGUGAAUGUUUUUCGAAAGACUAUGAAGAGCGUCUAUAAGGCUUCUCCUGAUUUGCAAGCCUUGAACUCUAGUUUCUCAGACAUUAAGCAGGAGUGCAAUCGGAUUCUGAAACUCUUCAAGCAGCGAAAUCCGACAUUCAAUGGCUCUGUGAGCCUCUGUGGUCAUUCACUUGGUAGCGCGAUCCUGUUUGAUAUCCUAUGCCACCAACCGUCGACUCCUCCCGCGUCCGGAGAGAGGAGGAUGGACCGAGACGGGUCUCAGGACAAUUUGCUCGACUUUGACUGCGAAGAAUUAUUCUGCCUGGGGUCUCCAAUUGCCCUUUUCCAGAUGAUCAAAGGAAACACCAUUGCCGGGCGAUCUAUGAUCGACGGGGCAAACAUGAAGAGGUCCAAGGAGGGGUGUGAUCAUCGGAACCCAACGUCUUCUUCCUCCGCGAGCUGUGGCGCACCAGUUCAGGCGAGCACGGCGUCGGGUGAAGGGCCGACUAUCGUAUCGUCACCGAAGUGUCGGCAACUGUACAACAUAUUUCACCCUUCUGAUCCCGUUAGUUACCGAAUUGAGCCGCUAAUCUCGCCGGCAAUGUCGUCGCUCAAGCCGCAGCCCUUGCCAUCUGUAAAGAAGAGCCUAUGGGCAGCUCCUGGGCAAAGCCUAUCCAUGAUUGGCAGUCGUGUUGGCCAGAGUGUGGGAACCUUGUGGACCAAUUUCGCAACCGGGGUCGCAAGCAGUCUACUUAACCGCAGCCUCGGCCUUGGUUCGGAGGAAACUUCACAAUCCACAGUGAUUGCUACCGAGACUCAAAUGUCUCGAGGAUCACUGGCUAACUCUUCUCUUGGAGAGGAUGGUUCUUCUCGGUCUGGUUCGGGCGUUGAUAGUCAAGAAGGGUCUGCCGAUAGAUAUCGUACACUGAUUGACUCGAACUUAGAAACGCUCUACGAAGGAAACAACAGAACCAAGACUAGUGGUCACAAUGACAUUUUACAUUCCGCGGCCACUGAGUCCGCCGUUGGCCGAGAGAGUGAGGACCUAAGGAGGUUGAAGAUGGAAGAUGCUAAAAUGAGGGCGCUCAAUACUAAUGGACGAGUCGACUACAGCAUCCAGGAGUAA